AUGAAAAUUGUUAAAUAUCAUGAUCAUGAUAAAUCAUCAAAAUCCAUUGUGAAUAUUUCAAUUGUUGAUGAAAAUAUUCAUCCAUUCAAUGCUGGCCAUGAUAUUGAUGGCCAAAAUCUAUUCAUUUGUCGUACACAUAAAUUUGGUCAAAUUAUUCCGGGUAAAUAUUCACAUAAUAUUGGUAAAUGUUCUAUUGGACGUAAUCAAAAAGAAUGGCAAUUCAAUCAAUUUGAAUUGCUGAUAGAAGAUGAUGAUACAAAAUAUGAAUGGAUUAGAUUGAAAAAACCGGUCAUUGAUUUACCUGAUAAUGUUCUAUACGCUGGACGACAAAUAGAACCAUAUAUUUCCAAUAAUCGACAGCUUAAACAUCAUCAAAAUUAUGAAUUUUUAAACAUUUUAUCAUCCAAUAAAUCAAAUUAUAAAUCGAAACAAAAACGACGACGAUAUCGGCGUGAUAUAUUUGAUAAUCAUCAAAAUUGGAGUCGUAAUUGGCGUGGUUUUAUCACCAACAUCACUGAUCAUCAUCAUUUACGGCGAUUUCAUCAUAAUCGUCAAGAUAAUUUCAUUGAAAUUCCAAUUGGAAAUUGUUCACAAAACGAACAUCAUCAUGACAGAAUGAAGAUGAAACAAAAAUUGUGUUUAAAAAAUGAAAAAAGAAAAUUAAAUUAUUUUAUUGCCAAAUGUUCACUACGUACUGGGGAUAAAAUAAGUGAACAAAUAGGAAAAAUUUGGUGGAAAAAUUCUAACCAAGAAUGGAUAGCAUCAUUUCCCUUUGGUGGUCAUGAAAUAUAUUGUCUUGAUUAUUCAGUGUUGACAUUGAAAAAUUGAAUCUAAUAAAAUUUUUGUUUUUAAAUUAACUAAAAAAAAAACUAAAAAUUGAAGCAUUUUC